AUGAUAACGACUAUUAAGACUAAUAAUAAAAAAAUUGAAAGAGAUUUAGCACAUCUAUUAAAAGCUAUUGCUUCUUGGGAAAUUCAUGUAGAAAUCUACUAUCCAUAUCUUAGAUUGAAAAUUAUAGAAUCGCUGAAACACAACAUCAUCAUUUUGAUAUCCAUUUAGCAUUCUAAUCAAUUGAUUAAUUGAAAAGAGGUUACAUUACAAAGAAGAAAUUUCAUGAUUUUCUUACAUAAGGCAAAGUAAAUUGUUAAUUUAAAGAAUGGGAAUAUGUUUAUUCAUUUUGUUUUAAAGAAGAUGAUAUUGAAUUUAAAGAAUUUAUCAAUUUCAUAUUACCAUAAUCAUAUAAAGAUCAAAUGAUAUAAAGUGUUAAAGAGACUACAAAUCAAUUAAUGACAGAAUGGAAUAGGGAAUUUAUAUUGAGAUUUUUUGAAAGAAUCAUUAUUUCAAUAAGAGAGCUUAAUCAAUUAAAAUAUGAAUUACAUUAAUGGGUCUAUUAUGAUAUUCAUGAAAUUUGGAAAGUUAUUAGUACUAAAUAUCCAACAAAAAAGACAGGAUAUUUAUCAGAAGAUUCAAUUAGAGAUCUGAUUGAAUAAUAUGGAUUUCAUUUUAGUAAUGAAGAAUUCUAAGGAUUAUUAAAGAUUUUGAAAUGUAAAUAAAAAUAAGACUACUUAACUUAAAAGUAAUUAUAUAAUCUUAUAUCUCCUCCUAUAUUUCUUGUUUCUAAUACAUAUUUAUAUGAGAAGACAGAUUCUGUUUAAUAGAAAGAACCAUAAACUUAUGAUCAUUAAAAAUAUAGAAAAGGUUUCGAUCUGGUUAGAGAAGAUAGACCAAAACAACUAUUUGAUUCAAGUAUAUAUGAUUUAGAUAUAGAUUAUAUGGAAAAUUUAAGAGAACAUUACAAACAACAUAAGUUAGAAAAUUAAAAUUAUUAAUCAAAUUUAAGAAAUUAGACACUUUAAUACAAUAAUUAUUUCUCUUCAAGUUACUCUUAACUUGAAUAAACAUUACAUAGAGUUGAUACUGUAUUUAAUUAAUAUGGAGGUAGAAUUAGAUAUUAUUAAUGA